CUCAGGUCAAACCGUUCCCAGACCAGACUCAUGGCAGAUAACAGCAGUGAUGAGUAUGAGGAGGAGAACAGUAAGAUAACGUCCACUGAGGAGAAGAAGAAAGGAUCAAAGGCCAUGCAGCAGGGGUUUGUGGAGAAUGAAGAUGAGGAGGAGGAUGAGGAUUCAGAUGACACAGAAUCUGAUGAUGAUGAUGAGGAGCAUGGAGCACCACCAGAAGGUGCAUAUGAUCCUGCAGAUUAUGAGCAUCUUCCCACUUCCAAUGAGAUAAAGGAACUGUUCCAGUAUAUCACCAGAUAUACUCCGCAAUCCAUUGAGCUGGACCAUAAGCUGAAGCCAUUCAUUCCAGACUUCAUUCCUUCAGUGGGUGAUAUUGAUGCCUUUUUGAAGGUACCUCGCCCUGAUGGGAAACCUGACAACCUGGGCCUGAUCCCAUUGGAUGAACCUUGUGCGAAGCAGUCUGAUCCGACUGUUCUGUCACUGUGGCUGACAGAAAAUUCGAAACAGCACAGUAUCACGCAAUUAAAGGUGAAAAGCCUGGAGAAUGCAGAGAAAAAUCCGAAAGCUCUUGAUAACUGGAUGGACAGCAUCAGUGAACUGCAUCAUUCCAAACCACCUGCCAAUAUUCACUAUACCAAGCCGAUGCCUGAUAUUGAAGCUCUCAUGCAAGAAUGGCCACCAGAGUUUGAAGAACUGCUAGGAAAGGUGAGCCUGCCUACAGCAGAUAUCAACUGUGAGCUAACCCAAUACAUUGACAUGAUCUGCGCAAUCCUCGAUAUUCCUGUAUAUAAGGACCGCAUUCAGUCCCUACAUGUGCUUUUCACCCUUUACUCUGAGUUCAAAAAUUCACAGCAUUUCAAAGCUCUCGCAGAAGGGAAUAAAGUGAGCAGCUGUGAGGAACCUCCAUCCCACAGUGCAGAAGUGGACGCAGUAGCAUUCGACUGAGUAGCACCUCUUUAGCAAAUUAUUCUCUCUGAUGGAAAAGUCAUAAUCUUCCUUUUGUUCUAAAUACAAACAUUAAGUUGUUUUAUUUUUAUACUUUCUGUAUAGUUUUUCCUAAUAAAUAUUAUUCUGUACAAUG